UCGUGAGUAACCCGUACUAGGCGAGGAGGCGGUGGGCGUGUAUACUGACACGUCCGCGACUCACUAGUUUACAUACACGCGCGCAAGCAGACUCAGGUGUGCCAGAUGCGGGACUACACCCGAGUAAUUGGAAGUAGAGUGCUUCUGAGGCCGAAGACUCUGAGGCCGGUGAAGAAGGGCGAUGUUAUCCUUAGCUCCAUGCCCUUCGCUCACGUUAUCAACUACAACUACCUGUCCAUGUACUGCGACACGUGUGCGGCACCCUUGAGGGAGCGGCUGCUGCAGCCCUGUGGAGGGUGCCGCGUGGUGUGGUACUGCAGCGAGGAGUGCCGCCGCGCUGCGCUGGUCUGGCACCGCCUGGAGUGUUUCGCCCUCAAGAGAAGGAAGCACAACCCCCCGUGCAGCUUUGUCAGGUUGCUUGCAAGAAUAAUCUUCAGGCUACGGGACGGAGGAGAUAAGUACGAGGAGAGGUGUUGCGAGAAGGGUGUGGUACGUCGCUUCCGGGAUCUAAUGAACCACUAUGUCGACUUGAAGAAUACUGAGGAGAUGAAAGCAGAUAUUGACAGAAAUCUUGAGGAUCUUCGAAAUUAUAUCGGCGAGCGGCUCCUUCCUAACGAGAGUGAUCUCCUCGGCAUCUACGGAAGGGCCAUGGUCAACUGCUUCUCCUUCACGGACCAAACGAUGCUGCAUAUUGGGUGCGCCGUGUACCUCGCUGCGUCCAUCUUUGACCACAACUGUUCACCUAACUGCUUCGCCACCUUCACUGGCCUUAAAGUUGAGAUUAGAAGUCUAAUUGAUAUGCCAGACCUUGACUUCGGUAAGUGCCAUAUCAAUUACGUUGAUCCUGUAAGUACUGCCGCUGCCCGUCAGCAGGACCUCUACAAGGGGUGGUUCUUCCUCUGCAAGUGCCAAACCUGUGACGACAAGGAGAAGGCCUUCUAUGAAAACUCCAUCAAGUGCAAAACACCAAACUGCAAUGGUAUUGUAAGUAUCCCUGAGGCGUCUGAUGCUGCUGGGUUGAUUGAAAGAAAAAUUGAAGCAGCAAGAGAGAAAGAGAAAAGGGAAAAAAAAGAGAGAGAGGAAAAGCACAGACGGAGACGACAUGAAGAAAAGAAAAUGGAGAGAAAACAUGAGAAAAAGGAAGAAAUAAAGAAAAAAGAAGAAGAAAAGGGGAGGGAAGGAGAGAAAAAAGAAAUUUCUGAACCAAGGUGUUCAGAGUGUGGAUGGACGGCAUGCAGCGAGACUGUUCGCCAGUACUGGGGUGCUGUGGCCUUCACCAAGGAGAGGAUGAAGACCAUGGACAAUGACAACCUGGACAUUGAAGUCUGCUUGCAGAUAUUAGAAAGGCAAAAAGAAUUUUCUUCCAGGAAUGCCUGGCGAGUUAAAGCAAAUGAUUUAACUUUCAAUGCUGCCAUCCUAAACGGCUGCUGGAGUUUUGCGCUGAAGUAUGGGGAGGAGAACCAAGAUGGGAUGAGGUUCUAUUAUGGUGUCAAGAACCCCAUAUACUAUAUCUUUCUCUUCAAGCUGGGAAAAACAAACAUUUAUUUAAAGGAGUUACGAAAAGGCCUUCGCAUUCUGGAAGAAGCAGAAUCGUGGCUUAUCACAAGCUUGGGUGACUCACAUCCAAUUGUUGAAGAGCUGUACCAGCUCAUCUUACUGGCUAAUGAAGACCGUGAGAUAUACCUUGAAAGAUGGCAUCAGGACUCCAAGAAACCCAUGGAGAAACUGAAGGUCAAUAAUGAAGAACUACAACAGCUACCAUUCUUUACCUCUCAAAAUGAAAGUUUGUCUAGAAUUUUUGAUUCACUCAACCAAAUGUAUUGCUCACAACCAAAUAAACUGGAUGGUAUGUAGUUACUUCUUUCUUCGUUAUACUGCUGAAUGAUUUUUUUUUGUAUAAUCCAACAAAAAUGUGUCAAUGGCCAAAUUACAGCCCUUAAUUUUCUCUUAUUUACUUUUCUGUACUGCUUUACAUAAUAAUUCAAAAUAUACUUUGAGUAGCUGUGAUUCAGUGUCAGUACAAUGUACCUUUUGAAUGCAUUUGUGCUACAAAUGGAUGAUAUUUUAUCAAAUAGUAAAAAUCAACACAAAUCUCUAGCAUCCAAC